GGAGCCACUGUUCUUGGGAAAAUGGCGAACUCUGCGAAACAGGGUGUUCUUUCGAAAGUGUCCCGGUUAAUGCAAAUUAUAAGAGAAAAUGGAAGAAUACUGGGAUCGAUAAAGCAAUUAUACAGAACAGAUGAACUAAAAACAGGCACCCUGGUCGGUGAAGAUGACUAUGGAAACAAAUAUUACCAGAACCCUAUGUAUUUCAUGGGUCGUAGUCGGUGGGUUGAAUAUUCUCCAGCUGUUGGCAUGGAUUAUGAUGGUAGCCAAGUACCUCCAGAAUGGCACAGGUGGCUAAGUUAUAUGAGCGAUGAACCACCAACAGUUGCCAAGCUUGUAAAAUAUCCCUGGAUGCAGAAACAUACAGAAAACUUGUCAGGGACACCCCAAGCAUAUGUACCUUACAGUACUGUACCAGCAAAGAUCCAGGCUUGGACUCCUCCUCCCAAAAAGCGUUAAUGUGCUAGAAGUUCCUCAGAAUUGGCAGAUGAUUAUAUGUAUGUUUUUAUUGAAGCUGCAAAUCAUGCCACCCCAGCCAAAAAAAAAAAAAAAAAAGUUAAAACACUCCAGAGAGCUGGCGAGAAGUAGAUUAUACACUUAAUUUGUUACCAGCAGUCUUCACAGAUACCUGUAAUAUAAAGUAACUGGAAAAUGCAGAGAGAAGACUGGAUGAGAAUAACUUGUGUUUUAUAUUUUAGUUAAUAUGGAAAAGAGAAUGAGGGGUUUUGAAGGGAACUGCUCUAGGUAGAGAUAGGCGAGUGUGCAACAGUGAGGGGCAGCUGUAGUGUGUGUAAAUAAAUUAUUCAUUAUUCUCUUGUU